AUGGCCACUGUAAGGGUCUUUGCAGGGGCUGUGCUCCUGCUUGUGGCCCGGGGUCGGAGCUCCUGCGCAGGGCGCUGGGUGCUGACGCCCUCGUCCCGCGUCACCCUGGGCCGGGGUCUCCUGGGCGCUUCUGGACUGUGGUGGGGCGGGGGCGGGGGGGUGUGGACAGCCCAGGAGCCCCCUCCCGCGCCUCCCCCCACCCCCUGCCUCUGGCGCAGUGCGCUGGGUUUCCCGCCGAGAGCAGAAGUCGAUCUCAUCCCAGCUGCGUGUGCUCAACGUACAGGCUCCAGGGGUGUCGGACCGAGGCCACCAGCCCCCCUGCAGCCGGGAGCAGACGACCUGCUGAGAACCCAGAGGCGGCCCCGGGCUCCGGGAGCGAGGGCACGGAGGGCCAAGCUCACGCGCGCUUCGGGCACACGUGCGCACCCGCCUGUUUGCCACGUGUGUGGUGCACGUGGGUGGCUUGACGGUGGUGUGGUUUCCGAACCUCGCUGCCCGGAUCCCCAGUGGGGGUGUCGUCGGGAAGGGAGCAGGGCCCCGGCACCGCCGUCUGCAAAGUCCCGGCUCCGGGUGGCAGGGCGGGAAGACCGCUCUCUGCCGUCCUGGCCUCCGAGGCCCAGAGGGAGGCCUCACGGGUCAGCGGUUCCCCGCUCGCCCCCAGUUCACGGGUCCAGUGCUGCCCAGAGCUCGCCGGGGAGGCGCCCAGCUCGUUCAGCCGUCUGGCUUCGGCCGCCGACCCCUCAGUUGGGAGAGCAGGGAUCCUUGCGAAGAAAACCAGCGUAUCCUGUCUCCUGGUGAUGCAGACGCGUGCUGGCGUCCGGGGCCCCACAGUCCCCCUGCCCCCGCUCGGCGGCCUGUGGAGAGAUAAGGGGCGGCUGGCAUCUGUCUCGGGGCCGGGGGAGCCGCCCCUGCACGUUGGCAGGGAGGCGCCAGAGGCGGCCGCAGACCCCCGGGCAGCUCCUGCCCCCCCCCUUCCCUCUGGGACUGCAGAAAGACCCCCCCCCCGCCCCCGCCAGAAGCCACACAUAUACCGGGAGA